AUGCAUGCACCAAUUAUUCUGCUGUCGAAUAAUAUAUCGAAGCAAAUACUAGAGGGUAAACCUACUGAUUCAAAUAUUUGUGUUAAAACUUCGAAAGAUUGGGUAUUACCACCAAGACCAAAACCAGGUAGAAAACUGAAAGAAGUAAAUAAAGAAAAUCAACCAAAAUCAAGAAAGAAAUUAAUAUGUAAGAAUGAAGUUAAUGAUGAUUUAAAUCAAGAUUUAGAAAAUAUUAAUUCCUUAAUUAAAAAUUGUUCAAUUGUUGAUUCUGAAAAUUUAUCAUUAAAAUCAAAUUUAUUAUCAUUAAUUCAUGAAUAUAAACAUUUGAAAAAUGUAGUGUUAAAUCAACCUAAACCUAUGACUACAACAACUCCUUCUUCUCCAUCAUCAAAUAUUGUCAAUGAAUGUCCUAAUGUUCAUAAACGAUCAAUUAAUGAAAUCGAAAAUAGUAAUCUACCUACAUCAAUUGGAAUGUUAUCGUUAUCUUCACAAUCACUGAUAUCUUCACCAAUCACUCAUCCUACAUCACCAUCAUUAGACGAAUUUCAAAAAUUUAUCAAUAUAGAUAAUAAAGAAGAACAAGUUAAAAAGAAAACUAAAAAUUAUAUUGACAUUUCUUCAUCAGAUAUUAAUGUAGAUGAUGAUUCAGAUAUUGAAAUUAAUUUUGAAGAAGAAGAUUAUGAUUUAAUUAUAAGUCCAACUUUAUCAUCAGAAUUGAGUAGAACUACAUCACCAUAUUCCGAUUAUGAAUCACAUUCUUUAAUGUCUACGUUAACUAGAUCAACCACAGUGUCAUCUGUUAAUACAGUUACAGUGGAAAGUAAUAAACCACUGUUAAAAUCAGUAAAUCAUCAUUCACCUCCAUAUACAUUAAAGAAAAUGAGUACUAGUAGUUCAAGUGGUAAACCAAAUAAUUAUUUUGAAUUACCAAAAUAUGAAGAAAAUACAAAAGGUCAAGAAUAUAAUUUUUCAAUUACUGCAAAUGAUGAAUAUAAUAUGAUUACUGACAUUUUAGAAGAAAAAUUAAUGAAUAAUGAUAUUAAUUAUUAUAUUGAUAAUCAAUUUACAAAUGAUGGGUUUAACUGGUGA